ACUGCAGCGCGAAAUUUCACACGCAGGCAAACCUCGAACAGCUGAGCAGAGGAAAUGUUGGAAAAGUACUGUGAGAAAUCCGCUGAAACCCCUCCAUCCUUCCAGGUAGCCUGAUAGCGGGGUGGUGCAGGGUGGGAGCAACUCGCCCCCCCCUCCCCCGGGGAAGUUUGGUUGAUGAGUGCUGGGGCCCCUGGCAGAGGGAGUGCGCUGGAGCUGCGGAUCGCCGGAUGAUGGGCAGCAGCCGCGUCCGGGGCUGCGUUCUUCUGCACCUUAACGAAGAUAACGGGCGCUUCGUGCUGCUCGCUUUGCUCAUCGUGGCUUACCUGCUGUGCGGUGCCGCCGUCUUCUCGGCCAUCGAGCGGCCGACCGAGCUGGAGGCUCGGUCCAGGUGGAACCGAACCCUGCGCAACUUCGCCGACAAGUUCGAUAUCGCCGGCGGCGAGCUGAGCGCCUUCCUGAGGGACUACGAAGCGGCCAUCGCUGCAGGGAUCCACGCCGACACCCUGAGACCCAGGUGGGACUUCACCGGAGCCUUUUACUUCGUGGGCACCGUGGUGUCCACCAUCGGUUUUGGCAUGACAACCCCAGCGACUGUGGCAGGAAAAGUAUUCCUGAUAUUCUAUGGCCUUCUCGGAUGUUCAGGAACCAUUCUGUUUUUCAACCUCUUUCUCGAGCGCAUCAUCACCCUGCUGGCUUUCAUCAUGAAGGCAUGUUACCAGAGGCAGCUGCAGAACAAAGGUCUUCUGCCCCCCAUCAUUGGCCGGCAAUCCACCCUCAUGGACGCAGCCAGCCUGACUGGAUGGAAGCCAUCUGUGUACUACGUCAUGCUAAUCCUUGGCAUUGCUGCCGUCAUAAUCUCCUGCUGCGCUUCGGCCAUGUACACACCAGUAGAAGGAUGGAAUUACACCGACUCACUGUACUUCUGUUUUGUCACGUUUAGUACUAUUGGUUUUGGGGAUCUUGUCAGCAGCCAGAAUGCGGCCUAUACAAAUCAGGGAUUGUACAGAUUUGGUAAUUUUGUAUUCAUACUACUCGGGGUGUGUUGCAUCUACUCCCUCUUCAAUGUUAUCUCCAUUGUGAUCAAGCAGUUCCUCAACUGGCUACUGAAGAAACUAGAAUGUAGUUGCUGCCCAAGGUGCCGGAGAGGAAAGAUGCGCACUGGACGCCGCAACGCGAUCACACCAGGACAGUCUCGAAUCCGUAGGAGCCAUGUCCUGUCAGAGACAGAUGGGCCAUGUGAAAGUGAUGCGGAGGGCAGGAGGCUUUCUGGGGAAAUGAUCUCCAUGAGAGACUUGACUGCAUCCAACAAGGUGUCACUUGCCAUCCUGCAGAAGCAGCUGUCAGAAACGGCCAAUGGUUACCCCCGAACAGUCUGUGUCAACACAAGGCAGAAUGGUUUCUCAGGAGGGGUGGGAGCAUUAGCCAUCAUGAAUAACAGGUUAGCAGAAACCAGUGAAAGCAGGUAAUAUGUGAAAGGCCUCACCAGCAAACAAGGUGGCUGGACUUAAUUCAACAGCUAUAUCAACAGCUACUCAUCCUGGUGUCUACUACAGCACAGCUUUAUGAGAAUCAUUACAUCUCAGUCCACAUACGCUCCAUCGUUGGGAGGCUACAUCAGAUUUUCAGUCCCAAUUUAUGGGGUAUAUCCUCUUCCUAAUUGCCUUUUUUGUUGCUUGCAGUACUUCCUGGAAGGAUAAAAUGUUUUCCUCUAAUAGGUGAUCAUUGUCAAUUCAACCAAUACUGGAUCAGCUUGUUCAAAGUUUCUCCGAAUCUUCAACAUCUGAUUUUUUCACUUUUAAAGAAAUGUGCCUGAUGGGAAAUUCUCCUUCGUGUUUAAAGUAAGAUGUAACACAUAGUGAAUGCCUGUAGAUUCUGGUCUCCGGUUCUCAGAUACAUGCCACAGAAAGGGCUGGACUUGUUUUAUUUGAAACCUGGCAAUGCAAAGCCCUGGUUGUAUUGGAAAUGAUAUAGCUUUCAAAUGUUAAUUAUGCCAGUGAAUGGGAAAUCAAAUAGCAGAAAAUAUUGUUGUUCGUAGUAAGCAGAAUAAAAAUUAUUCUAAGUCUCAAUAAACAGGACAA